GUGUCAGGUCCUCUGCAGGCGAUCGACGUAUCCGUGGGUGGGAGACUCAGAGAUGGUGGCCCAUUGGGGGACUGGAAGGGUUUAUUGCAGUGGCUCUGCAAGUGGCUUAGGGCAAGGUCAGGGUAUUUGAGGUGUGGCCCGCUUGAGAGGUGGGAGUCGUGCCGGCUUCGGAGGCUGAGAGAGGAGGGAGGUAUGGGAGAAGAGAGGUUUGUUCAUCGCCUCUCUCAGGAACAGAAGGAUCCGAGCUUUGCAUCGGAGCUGAUCCAUCCUUCAGCUGUGAAUCUCCUGUGCAGUGCUUGGAGCAAUCAACUGGCAAAUUUGAGGGGGUCGGAGAGGAAUUGGAAGAUACUCAGAUCCCCAGAAUGGGGUCCUUUGAACGAUAGGGGAGAUGGUUACAUUUUGUGGGCAAAGGAACAGUCAGGGCUAGGAAGUGUUAGUGUAUCUAAUGAACCUCUUUUGUACAAGGAAAAUAGUUCAGUUCUGCCGAGAAGGAACAAGAAAGCCUAUGUAAUGUAUUUGAAUGGAACUACAGUACUCCGCACCUUCGAGAUCAGAGAUAGUCGUGUGUUCAUGGGGCGUGUUGUUCCCGCCGAAGUUCGAUUUGCCAUAAGGCGUGAACAGAUAAUAUUUUGUGUGCCUGACAAUCCGGAUUAUCCAAAGUUUUCUGUCAAUGCUUUUCUGAAAACUUCGUUCUCAGCUGUUCCAACAGAGGCAGAAGCAGUUGUAAAUUAUGGAGAUGUUACGGGUUGCGUUGUUCAUCUAACAAUUCCAGAAUUUUCAAGUAAUGGUGUUCUUGGGUUUGAGCUCAUCAUAGAAAACAGCAGAGGCGACAAGGCGACAGUGUACUACUCUGGAACUGAGAUUACAAAGUAUUUGGAGUUUGCAGGGGAAUCUGAAGCUCGGCUUCCUCUCAUUACCACAAUUACUGCUGUUACAAGGAAAUCCUCCUACAAUCCGAAUUGCUUCAAUCUGGAACCUUAA